UUUAAAAGUAAUCUAUUCAAAAUAUAAAUCUGUAAAUAAUAAUAAUUGCAGCGCAGAGUAAGAGUCGGUUCCUGCAUCGUCUUUUGUUUCUGCUACUUCUGUGAGUUGUGUCGUUACUCAAUUCACGUGCUUAUCUCUUUCGCUGCUUCUGCGCAAUACAGGUCUACAGUUGUGUUAUCACGUGUCAAGAGCUGAAACUUCUGGUGUCAAAUCCGAAUUUAAAUUAUGAUUCUUUCUGCUCUUUUGACUUCCGUUGCCAUUAAUCUUGGCCUCUGUCUUUUAUUUUUCACCCUAUACUCUAUAUUGCGAAAGCAGCCUGGUAAUGUUACUGUCUAUGCACCACGCUUAGUUGCUGAAGGAAAAGUUAAAGAGGGUGGUCAAUUUAACUUGGAGCGGUUGCUACCUACUGCUGGAUGGGUGAGAAAGGCAUGGGAGCCUUCGGAGGAAGAAUUUUUGUCAAACGCAGGCCUAGAUGCUUUUGUCUUCAUGCGCAUAUUUAUCUUUAGUUUAAAAGUAUUUACAUUUGGAGGAAUAAUUGGAAUGUGCGUUCUUCUCCCAAUUAAUUACUUGGGGACUCAGCUUAAAGAUGAAUCAGAUUUUCAGCACAAGUCUUUGGACUCGUUCACUAUAUCUAAUGUUAACAACGGUUCAAACAGGUUAUGGAUCCAUUUUAGUGCUGCCUAUGUUUUCACUGGAGUUGUUUGCUAUCUUCUUUAUUAUGAGUAUGCUUACAUUUCAUCAAAAAGAAUUGCUUGCUUUUAUUCAUCCAAACCUCAGCCUCAUCAGUUUACCUUGUUAGUCCGUGGUGUUCCUAUUCCACCUGGAAGCACAUGUAGUGAGACUGUUGAGCGUUUUUUCCAGGAGUAUCACCCUUCUACGUAUCUUUCACAUUCUGUGAUCCGUCGAAGCAGUAGACUUCAAAAUCUUACUGCUGAUGCAGAUAAAAUGUACAAAAAGCUAACCCGUUUGAAAUCAAAAAGUGAUGCUCCUCAAAGUCAAAGGCGCGAUGGUCUUUUUGGACUUUUCGGGCGUAAAGUUGAUCUUUUGGAUCACUAUGAAAGAAGAUUGGGAGACCUGGAAGAUAAUGUCCGAAUGGAACAAUCAUCAGUGACAGCCAAGGAAGUUCCAGCUGCCUUUGUCUCAUUUAAGACAAGAUUUGGUGCUGCCAUAGCUCUACACAUUCAAGAAGGUGUCAAUCCCACAGAAUGGGUUACUGAGCAAGCACCCGAGCCUCGUGAUGUUUAUUGGCCUUUCUUCACUGUUUCCUUCAUUCGAAGAUGGAUAAGCAAGCUGGUAGUUUUUGUUGCAUGUGCUACUCUUACAGUUUUAUUUUUAAUCCCAGUGGCAAUUGUACAAGGAUUGACACAUCUUGAUCAGUUGGAAACCUGGUUCCCUUUUCUUACAGGCAUACUGAGACUGUCUGUUGUGAGCCAAGUUGUAACAGGAUACCUUCCCAGUUUGAUUCUUCAAUUGUUUCUAUCCUUUGUUCCACCUAUUAUGAUUCUGCUUUCAUCCAUGCAAGGAUACAUAUCACUGAGUCAGAUUCAAAAGAGUGCAUGUACUAAAGUAUUAUUGUUUACCAUAUGGAACAUUUUCUUUGCAAAUGUACUAUCAGGGUCAGCUCUUUAUCGAGUGAACGUCUUUCUUGAGCCCAAAGAGAUUCCCAGAGUACUAGCUGAAGCUGUACCAUCACAGGCAUCGUUUUUCAUAGCAUAUGUUGUCACAACUGGGUGGACCACUAUAGCGUCGGAACUCUUUCAAUUGACUACACUUCUAUACAAUUUUAUUAGUAGAACUUUUAGUAGCAACAGUGAUGAUGAUUUUGAGCCCCCAUCAAUUCCUUACCACAGUGAAAUUCCCAGGAUUCGCCUCUUUGGUCUUCUUGGUGUAACAUACUUCAUCCUUGCUCCACUAAUACUGCCAUUUCUCUUGGUCUACUUUUGUUUGGGAUACAUCAUUUUCCGCAACCAGUUCCUAAAAGUUUAUGUGCCCAAGUAUGAGACUGGGGGACAAUUUUGGCCAACAGUGCACAACUCCACAAUUUUUUCAUUGAUAUUGAUGCAUGUAAUAGCCAUUGGAAUUUUUGGCCUGAAAACGCUUCCUCUGGCAUCUGCAUUGACUAUUCCUCUUCCAAUUCUCACACUUCUAUUCAACGAGUAUUGCCAGAAUCGGUUCUUCCCCAUGAGAAGGACAGAGCAGACCAAAAUGACCAUAACAUGUCGGAAUUCUAUGAUACAAUGGCCAAUGCAUAUAAUGAUCCAGCCCUGAUGCCAAUCAGAUACUCCGAUAGGCCCAACAGCAACCGCGAUCCGCUACUUCAUAAUUCUCAAGUUUAAGUUUGCAACUUUGCGGCACUAUUCGUGUGGCAUCUGUUGCAACUGUAUAGCUGUAUAUAGCAAUGUAUCAUCAAUUCAUGAUUCUGAUUUUGAGUUUGAUUUGGUGGUCCUUGGUGAGAGGCAUGUGUUGUGUUUUAGUGUAAAUUUUCCAGGAUUUAGAAUUUAUGCUUGUAAUGAGUGUGGGAAGAUUUUGUAUGAGUAAUAACUGUCCUUGCUUGUAAAAGAAAGAUGACGAACAAUAAAAUUCGUGGGUGGAAGCUUUCGAUGCUGGUAUUUACCAA